UUUGAAGUUCUGAGUGUAAUGAGUUUAUGACAAAUAAAUCAGAACUGAGUGAACUGACACGACGUUGGAAGUUACUCAGUUGUUCGUAAUAUUUCAAACCAUUUCAUUUUCAGUUAUCCUUUCAAGUUAAAUGUUAUAUUCUAGUGUCACGGUUAAAUUAUGUUGAAAGCUUUGAUAUCGUCUCCGAAAAUAAGCGGUCCCGGCAUUAGAGGUUUUCGUUGUAGUUCUUACUCUACCAGAUUUGUAUCGAUUCCACAACAUGGUCAAACGCGACAGUUGAACCGCUGGACUAAGCCAUCAGUACAACAUCCACCAUGGUUUUCCUUUAAUCGUUUUUGUCAUGCAAAACCGUCAGAGUUGACUCCACGUGAAAAACUGAAAAUUGCUGCUAAAGAAUACGGUUCUGUGUUAAUUGUGUUCCAUGUUGGAAUCUCAUUGAUAUCUUUGGGUUCUGUGUAUUUUUUCAUUUCCAAUGGUGUUGACGUCCAACAAUGGAUUAGUUGGAUGGGUUUCUCAAACGCAAACGAAAACACUAAAAUCGUAGCUGGAGCGAGUCAGUUUAUCAUUGCGUAUGCCAUUCAUAAAUCUUUUGCUCCUGUACGCAUUUCAAUAACGCUUAUAUCUGUACCUUUCAUUGUACGAUACCUUAGGACAAAAGGAAUAAUGAAAAUAAAAAAAUAGACUUUAAUUWUGAGAACCUAUAAAAUUGUAUAAAUGAUAAUAUUGYAUUACUA